UGACUCCUCCUCCGGCUGGGUCUCCCUCCCUUGCCAAGCCCAGCCUGUGAAACCGAAUAACGAAGAUCACUCAACAAUGCCUGCCCCUCUCUGACUGCACCGUCCCGGCGCUCCCACCACCGCCGCUGACGCCCAGCAGAGUCCCCGGGGCGGUCCCCACCGACGGCGCAGCCCACCGGGACCGGGAGGAAGCAGCUGCGGCCACCGCGCCCGUGCGUCCACACGCCCGCCCGCCAGGUGCCCCAGCAGCCCGGCUGCCGAGAUGCCCAGCCCUCCCGGGCUCCGGGCACUGUGGCUUUGCGCCGCGCUGUGCGCCUCCCGGAGCGCCGGCGGCGCCCCCCGGCUCGGCCCGGGGCCCACUGCUUGCCCGGCCCCCUGCCACUGCCAGGAGGACGGCAUCAUGCUGUCUGCCGACUGCUCUGAGCUCGGGCUGUCCGCCGUACCGGGGGACCUGGACCCCCUGACGGCUUACCUGGACCUCAGUAUGAACAACCUCACAGAGCUUCAGCCUGGCCUCUUCCACCACCUGCGCUUCUUGGAGGAGCUGCGUCUCUCUGGGAACCAUCUCUCACACAUCCCAGGACAAGCAUUCUCUGGUCUCUACAGCCUGAAAAUCCUGAUGCUGCAGAACAACCAGCUGGGAGGAAUCCCCGCAGAGGCACUGUGGGAGCUGCCGAGCCUGCAGUCGCUGCGCCUAGAUGCCAACCUCAUCUCCCUGGUCCCGGAGAGGAGCUUUGAGGGGCUGUCCUCCCUCCGCCACCUCUGGCUGGAUGACAAUGCACUCACGGAGAUCCCUGUCAGGGCCCUCAACAACCUCCCUGCCCUGCAGGCCAUGACCCUGGCCCUCAACCGCAUCAGCCACAUCCCCGACUACGCCUUCCAGAAUCUCACCAGCCUUGUGGUGCUGCAUUUGCAUAACAACCGCAUCCAGCAUCUGGGGACCCACAGCUUCGAGGGGCUGCACAAUCUGGAGACACUAGACCUGAAUUAUAACGAGCUGCAGGAAUUCCCCGUGGCCAUCCGGACCCUGGGCAGACUGCAGGAACUGGGGUUCCAUAACAACAACAUCAAGGCCAUCCCAGAAAAGGCCUUCAUGGGGAACCCUCUGCUACAGACGAUACACUUUUAUGAUAACCCAAUCCAGUUUGUGGGAAGAUCGGCAUUCCAGUACCUGCCUAAACUCCACACACUAUCUCUGAAUGGUGCCACGGACAUCCAGGAGUUUCCAGAUCUCAAAGGCACCACCAGCCUGGAGAUUCUGACCCUGACCCGCGCAGGCAUCCGGCUGCUCCCAUCAGGGAUGUGCCAACAGCUGCCCAGGCUCCGAGUCCUGGAACUGUCUCACAAUCAAAUUGAGGAGCUGCCCAGCCUGCACAGGUGUCAGAAAUUGGAGGAAAUCGGCCUCCAACACAAUCGCAUCUGGGAAAUUGGAGCUGACACCUUCAGACAGCUGAGCUCACUGCAAGCCCUGGAUCUUAGCUGGAAUGCCAUCCGGUCCAUCCACCCCGAGGCCUUCUCCACCUUGCGCUCCCUGGUCAAGCUGGACCUGACAGACAACCAGCUGACCACACUGCCCCUGGCUGGACUUGGGGGCUUGAUGCAUCUGAAGCUCAAAGGGAACGUGGCUCUCUCCCAGGCCUUCUCCAAGGACAGUUUCCCAAAACUGAGAAUCCUGGAGGUGCCUUAUGCCUACCAGUGCUGUCCCUAUGGAAUGUGUGCCAGCUUCUUCAAGGCCUCUGGGCAGUGGGAGGCUGAAGACCUUCACCUUGAUGAUGAGGAGUCUUCAAAAAGGCCCCUUGGCCUCCUUGCCAGACAAGCAGAGAACCACUAUGACCUGGACCUAGAUGAGCUCCAGCUGGAGAUGGAGGACUCAAAGCCACACCCCAGUGUCCAGUGUAGCCCUACUCCAGGCCCCUUCAAGCCCUGUGAGCACCUCUUUGAAAGCUGGGGCAUCCGCCUGGCCGUGUGGGCCAUCGUGUUGCUCUCUGUGCUCUGCAAUGGACUGGUGCUGCUGACCGUGUUCGCUGGCGGGCCUGUACCCCUAUCCCCGGUCAAGUUUGUGGUAGGUGCGAUUGCAGGCGCCAACACCUUGACUGGCAUUUCCUGUGGCCUUCUAGCUUCAGUCGAUGCCCUGACCUUUGGCCAGUUCUCCGAGUACGGAGCCCGCUGGGAGAUGGGGCUGGGCUGCAGGGCCACUGGCUUCCUGGCAGUACUUGGGUCGGAGGCGUCGGUGCUGCUGCUCACUCUGGCCGCAGUGCAGUGCAGCGUCUCUGUCUCUUGCGUCCGGGCCUAUGGGAAGUCCCCCUCCCCGGGCAGCGUUCGAGCAGGGGUCCUGGGCUGCCUGGCGCUGGCAGGGCUGGCGGCCGCGCUGCCCCUGGCCUCAGUGGGAGAAUACGGGGCCUCCCCACUCUGCCUGCCCUAUGCGCCGCCUGAGGGCCAGCCAGCAGCCCUGGGCUUCGCCGUGGCCCUGGUGAUGAUGAACUCCUUCUGUUUCCUGGUCGUGGCCGCUGCCUACAUCAAACUCUACUGUGACCUGCCGCGGGGCGACUUUGAGGCCGUGUGGGACUGCGCCAUGGUGAGGCACGUGGCCUGGCUCAUCUUCGCAGACGGGCUCCUCUACUGUCCCGUGGCCUUCCUCAGCUUCGCCUCCAUGCUGGGCCUCUUGCCUGUCACGCCCGAGGCCGUCAAGUCUGUCCUGCUGGUGGUGCUGCCCCUGCCUGCCUGCCUCAACCCGCUGCUCUACCUGCUCUUCAACCCCCACUUCCGGGAUGACCUUCGGCGGCUUCGGCCCCGCGCAGGCGCCUCAGGGCCCCUAGCCUAUGCUGCGGCCGGGGAGCUGGAGAAGAGCUCCUGCGAUUCUACCCAGGCCCUGGUGGCCUUGUCUGAUGUGGAUCUCAUUCUGGAAGCUUCUGAAGCUGGGCGGCCCCCUGGGCUGGAGACGUAUGGCUUCCCCUCAGUGACCCUCAUCUCCUGUCAGCAGCCAGGGGCCCCCAGGCUGGAGGGAAGCCAUUGUGUAGAGCCAGAGGGGAAUCACUUUGGGAACCCCCAACCCUCCACGGAUGGAGAACUGCUGCUGAGGGCAGAGGGAGCUAUGCCAGCAGGUGGAGGCUCAUCAGGGGGUGGCGGCUUUCGGCCCACUGGCUUGGCCUUUGCUUCACACUUGUAAAUAUCCCUCCCCAUUCUUCUCUUCCCCUCUCUUCCCUUUCCUCUCUCCCACUCGGUGAAUGAUGGCUGCUUCUAAAAUAAAUACAACCAAAACUCAGCAGUGUGAUCCGUAGCAGGAUGGCCCAGUCUCUGGCUCCACUGAUCACCUCUCUCCCGUGACCAUCACCAACGAGUGCCUCUUGGUCUGGCUUUCCCUUGCCCUUCCUCAGCUUCACCUUCAUGCUGAGCCUCUUCCUUGUCAUGUCUGAAGCUGUGGACCAGAGACCUGGACAUCUGUCUGCUUAAGGAAAAUGAGGGAAGUAAAGACAGUGAAGGGGUGAAGGGUUGAUCAGGGCACAGUGGACAGGGAGACCUCACAGAGAAAGGUCUGGAAGGUGAUUUCCGAUGUGACUCAUGGAUAGGAUACAAAAUGUGUUCUGCGUACCAUUAAUCUUGACAUAUGCCAUGCAUAAAGACUUCCUAUUAAAAUAAGGUUUGGAAGAGAUUACACAUGAUGUCUUUUUCUUAGAGAUUCACAGUGCAUGUUAGUGUAAUAAAGAGAGAAGUCCUACA